UUUUAGGAAACUUGUGCAAAAUGGCAGCCACACGGCGAUUGCAAAAGGAGCUCGCAGAUAUCCGUGCGUCGGGGAUGAAAUCAUUCCGUGACAUACUAGUCGAUGAAUCCAAUUUGCUGCUGUGGUCAGGUUUAAUAGUACCGGACAACGUCCCUUACAACAAGGGCGCGUUCAGAAUAGAGAUCACCUUCCCGGCCGAAUAUCCUUUCAAGCCUCCAAAGAUUUCCUUCAAAACCAAAAUUUAUCACCCGAACAUUGAUGAAAAGGGGCAGGUAUGCCUGCCAAUCAUCAGCGCCGAGAAUUGGAAGCCGGCAACGAAGACCGAUCAGGUCAUCCAAUCACUUAUAGAGCUUGUCAAUGAGCCCGAACCAGAGCACCCGUUGCGGGCAGACUUGGCGGAAGAAUUUUUAAAAGAUCGAAAAAAAUUCACCAAGAACGCGGAAGAACACACCAGACGGCACAGUGAAAAAAGGCCAGAAUAGAAACUGCGCUUCAAACGCUAACCUACAUGUUUCAUUUGCGGGCCACGCUCGGGUACCAGUCGUGGCUAGGAAAUUGAUCCAUAAACUCGAGGAUAAGACGAUGAUGAUGGCGAUGGAGAAAAUGUUUAACAUGUUACUGUAGAUGGAAUCGUGAGAGCAGAAUUCACGGAAGAACAACAGUGGUACAGUUUGAGGGGCUCAGUCAGUGGACGCCUCCGAUAGGUUGUGGAUUUCAUUCUUGUCUCGUGCAUAAACUUUAUUUUGGAGAAGUGUGGUAGUACAAACCUUGUUUAGUUCUAUUUGUGCUUCUGCUCAGCGUGUUGUUGCAUCCCGUGCCGCGUACUCAAUUUCUCCUAGUAUUGUUUGACUGUGUGUGUGUGUAGGUUCGCUUUCACCGUUUUCCGACUCCGUCUUCAGUUUUGCUUUGGGCCAUUAUGCGAAUGGAAAAUCAAUGCUACAAGGCAUGAAAUGAAAACCAAACGGAUGUAUUGCUUGGAAAUGGGCCAGUUCAGCCAGGCAGGAAGUCACUAAUGAAUUAGUAGAGAUCAGAAAGUGAAAGACAAGCAAAUGUCAAAGAUAAUAAAAAUCAUAUAGAUGAAUAUUUAUUUAA